GACGGCACCGUGACGGUCAUUCCUUGACUUACCGCGGUUAACCUGUCAGUUUGCUGGCAGUCUUCGUUAUUGUCUCCUGUCAUAAGGAGACGGAAGGGCAUCUGGAUCUUGGGAGAAGAGAAGAAUCUUGAGGAAUGUCAUCAUCACCUCUCUCGACACCAUCAACGAUAUCUAUGUUACCUUCACCAACCUACGCACAACGCCGCACAACGCGUCCAACAUCCCUCCUCUUUGGACAAACCUCACCACUUCGCUACCCAGCCAGCAGCAAGAACGUCUCGUCCGUUUCCGUUCCCGCGAACUUGUGUCUACAAGCCGAGCCCUUCUUCAUCAUUCAACCCCAGCAUAGUUCCACCUCGAUUCUAGACAGCGUCCCACGCACCCACCUACAAGCUGAAAGUGGACCACAAUGGGUGGACCCAACUACACCCACUGCAGCGACGUUCGCACACCUCCCAGUUCUCCGCCGCACAGAUUCCCGUCUCUCGGUCCUAAGGGGUGCAGAGACCGUUGAAGCUUGGGUCGAUUCCGUGGAGGACAGUCCCGUCGAUUCCCACAUUGAUGGUAUCGAUUUUCCUGAGUUGUGGAUUGGUGAGAAUGUCGGGUUGCAGAACCUCGAUGUUGAGGGCGUUGAGGGUGGGAAGAGGUUGCAUAGGGCGAGGAGUAUGAUUGCGAGUCCGGAGCAUGGGGUUGAGCAUGUUGAAGCGUGGACUUCUCCUACUGAAAUGGACAUGGAACACGGAAGGGAGGACCAAGAGGAUGAAGGGAAGAGGUUGAAGAGGGCGAGUCUCAUCUCGCGGGAUAUCUUGACGGAGUAUGCACGUCGGUUGUCGUUGUUUGUCCAAGAAGCAACGGAGAACGAGGAAAAUGAGGAAGAGGAGAAUGUUGUGCAGGAGUUGCCCUUCAUCGACGUCGUCACGUCGUCACCAUUCGUUGCCCGUACUCCUACUAUUACAACCGGUUUCUCUCCGCGAAGCUCCAACUUUGUGGAGGCGAUUAGGAAGUCACGCACGACUAUGAAAGGGAGCACAUCAACCUACGAACGUCACCCCAGCGGUGCCCGCUACACCCAAACCUUCCCCUUCAUCCGCCACGACAGCGAACCCAUCAUCAAACCCCUUCCACCCACCGUCUCCACCUCUCCCAUCACCACCACCGACCGCGUCGAAACAGCCUCCUCCAUCGCAUCCAUCACAUCCGUUAGAUCCCUCCCGGUCCGGACGAGUACUCUCCCACCCUCAACCUCAACCUCGCCCUUCACCAACUCCGGCGUUUGGGUCGAGGCGCGUGCAUUGCCGAGGGGGAACACGCUCGGGAAUGGGCAUGGUGGUAGCGAGACAAUUACCGUCACGCCGUUUAAGAUGCCGAAGGUGGCACGUGGGAUGCCUAGGUCGCGUACCAGUAUCAGUCUUUUAGGUUGGGUUGAACGGUGUGAGGGUGCGAGUGGUGUUACGUCUACGUCUGGUCUUCUGGGUUUGGAUCACUCGGGGGGUACAAUCACGACCUCCGAGACUUCGUCGUCCGCUGCGAGUGUCAUGACGACGGAUGUGGAUGGCGAAGAUUACUGGAGCGGAUGGGCAAGGAGGAAACCGAGGGUCGUGAGACAGAUGCAGCAAGGUCAGGCGAGUGAUUUGCCGGCGGACAGGGUGAGGAACGGACAUGAGGGCGUCAAAUGGGGACGUCACGGACAACGACUCUCCGAGGAGUAGGACUACAUGGUCACCCACGGCGCAUCAUCAUUUUGGAUCGGAGUUUCUUAUUACACGGAGGAAACUUGGCACACGCGCCUCCGCUG